AGUUCGCCACAAGCCUCUUUGUCACCACCUCCUCAUGCUGACUGGAUGGACAUGACUGGACCAAACAAGCCACUCAGGUCAGCAGACGUCAAGCCCAUUAAGCCUCGUCACCAGCCUCUUCUCAGACGCGAUACUCGCGAUGGCAUCCGCAAGAAGAACGCGAAGAUUCCCAUCCCGGCCGAGAUCACACUGGACAAUAUCGAUGAUUUGAUUGAGGGGUGCACGGAUGAGGAUGAGAUGAAGCAACUCAAAGCACAGAAGCGUCUUCUUAGGAACAGGGAGGCAGCACUCGCAUCUCGCCAACGAAAGAAGAAGCAUACGGAAAUCCUCGAGCAGAAGGAGAAGCAUCUCGAGACCAAACUCCACACCCUUCACCAGCAAGUCGAGCAACUCCGACACCAACUGGAGACAGCCGAAGACCAGAAACAGUUCUUCAUCUCCGAACACAGCAAAGCGCACACCAGAAUCCAAGCUAUACAGCUGGAAAAGGAAGACUUGAUCUGUAGCCACACAAAAGAGACGACUUAUCUACGUGGUCAGAUCAACUGGUACCGCGAACACUUCGAGGCUACAAGCCCCGCCGCUCCAGCUAUGAGUGCCGCACCUAGCAGUACCGGUUUCACCGAUUUCAACCUGGAGAUGGACCACCUGGCGAUUGGAGAUCAACCAUGGGAUCGAUACAUCAAUGUGCAAGGACCUGAGGAUGCUGACUAUCUCGGCGACGCAGCCGAGUCUUUCGCCACAAUCCACCCAGCGAAGCAACUAGGUCAACAGCAUCAAGACAUCGCAAGCAAAAACAGCGCUGAGCAACCGGUGGCCUCGGGCAUACUAUUCAUGCUGCUACUAUGUGGAGCCUUCGUAGCUUCCAGAUCUCAAUCAGCAACACGAGAUAGCGCACAGAACAACCUCAUCCCAAAAAUUCCCGACGAAGUCAGAGCAGCAAGUACCGAAGUACUCAACAAUCUACUCAAGGACAAUCCGCAAGAAGCCUCACUGUUCCUACCGGACCUCGUCUCUACCCACCGCUACCCACAAUCCAGUCACUCAACAUGGCCACAAUCCAACAACCUUGACAGCUUGCACAAACACCUGAUAUCUCCCACCGCAUUCCAAGAAGCAGAGCAAGCAUUUGCCAUGACACCCGAACAAUACAAUGCUUUGACCACCUACCAACACAUGGAUACCAUAGCCUCAGCCCCUGCCUCUGCAAGCCUUCGUCCCAAUCUUGCAGAAACACUAGGCAGAAUGCGAGAGGCUAGAGGUCCGAGUGCGGCAGAGGUAUACACUAGAAGCUUACUCUGGGACACCGUGCCUGAAGAUGUGGUCAGAGCUUUCAAGAGAGCUGUCGCGCAA